AUCGUGCAGGGGUCGGGGAGGGGGAGAAGCGACCGCCGCUCGUGUUUGUGUGCCUCGUUUCAGCAUCUUGGGAAGUGUUGUCCCUUUUCUCUCUGUCUCUCUCGCCAGCUCUUCUAUUUGACAGAGAGUGACGGAACAUGGACGGGAGGGCGUGUGCGCGGGCGUGCAGGAGGAGAGGUGAGUGUGCGUGUCGACGAGUGAAGAGCGAGAAGUGAGAGCAACAGGAUUGGAAGAGGAGGAGGAGGCGGCGGCUUCUGACAGUUUUGGAGGCGAAGACAAAGACGUCUCAGUCGUCUCACUUUCCCGUGUUUCUGUGUCUUCCCGGUGACUGCAGCAACCCAUGAGGCCUGACAACUACCCCAGGAGACCUCCACGCCCUUGACUCCACUCCCAGGGCCUCCACAGGAUGUGGCUACGGAGGAGGUGGGGCGCCCCUGGAGGAGUGGUGGGGGGUGGCAGCGUGGGUGGUGGUGCUGGUGGGGGGCUGUGGCUGUGGUAGCGGAGGACGGGGUAGGCGUGGAGGGGUCGCUGCCCCCCCACCGCUUCCACCACCAGGCAGUGAUGGACCACAGGGGGCACUAUGUGAUGCUAUGGAGCCCCGAGAAGGAGGGACUCACUCUGGAGGUGCAGGUGGCGACAAAGGGAUAUGUUGGCCUCGGUUUUUCUCCCACCGGAGCCAUGAAAGGUUCCGACGUGGUGAUUGGCUGGGUGGCGGACGGGCAGGUGUAUCUACAGGACCGCCAUGCGUGGGGCCAGCUCACCCCCUCCCUGGACGCCUCUCAGGACUACAGGCUGCUGGGGGGCUACGAGAACUCUACCCACACUGUGCUGCGGCUGUGGCGACCCUGGACCACCUGUGACGACCAGGACUACCAGCUACAGGAUGACACAGUGCGGGUCAUCUGGUCAUAUGAUGCCCUGGACCCUGCGAAGGGUGAAGAGCGAUUACGAAAACACGACCACAGAGGAACCCGAAGCCUUUACCUGCGGCACCCCCAGCCCCACCCUGCCUCCAGCCAGCCCUUCACGCCCACCAGAUACUGGGACGUGCUGGCUCCCGAGGUAUCGCUGCCGGACACACUACACACGCUGUAUUGGUGCAAGCUGUACAUGGUGCCAGACAUGCCCCGCAAGACACACCUCAUUGGGUACAUGCCGCAAAUUCAGCCAGAGAACCGCCAGCAUGUCCACCACAUGCUGCUGUACGAGUGUCACAUCCCACACGCUGAGAAGCUGCUCCACAAGUUUGUGUCGGCCAAGGGAGCACAGUGCUAUGACCACAACAUGCCGGUCUCCUGGUUCAGCUGCAACACAGCCAUUGUUGCGUGGGCUAUUGGCUCUGAAGGUGAGAUGUUGCCACCUAAUGUGGGGAUUCCCCUUGGCGAGGAGCAUGGAGGUGCCAGUUACUUCAUGCUGGAGAUUCACUACGAUAACCCAGACCUCAUGCCAGGUGUGGUGGACAGCUCUGGUGUUCGUCUUCUAUACACAGAGCAGCUACGGGAACAUGACGCUGGUGUGCUGACCCUUGGCCACACUGUCUCUCCUACCAUGAUCAUCCCACCAGGCCAGGAGUGGACCACAGUGGCCCACUGCACCUCCACUUGCACCCAGAAGACAGUGCCUCAAACAGGCAUCACAGUGUUCCAGGGGGUCCUUCAUGCCCACCUGCUCGGCUCCUCCAUCUCUGUGCAACACAUCCGGGAGGGUCAGGAGCUCCCACCAAUCAUGCAGGACAACCAUUACGACUUUAACUACCAACAAGCAAGAGUUCUGGAGAAGACGAGAGACAUUCUCCCUGGGGACUCGAUGAUCGUGUCUUGUGGGUAUGAUUCUACCAAAAGGAAAAUGCCUACGUUUGGAGGGUUUGGCACCAUGGAGGAGAUGUGUCUUGCCUUCCUCACCUACUACCCGCGUGCAAACCUCUCUGGGUGCUACUCAAAGCCUGACAUGGCCCUCAUCAUUGACACCUUUGGCAUCAAGGAUCUGUACAACAACAACCUAACACAGUUUGAUCACAGAUACCUGAAAGAUUUCCCCAUCAUUGACGAGAUGGAGGACUGGCUGUUGGACAUGAUGGAAGCAGAGGAAGGCGGUCAGUCCCGAGACAUAACUCUUGCCAACAUCUUCAACUCAGUGGUGGUGAAGGAACCCCAGAAAUAUCUCAACCAGACCUUCUAUGACAUCCUGUAUAACCCUACCACUUGGGAAGACCCGUAUCUGGCCAGGACCCUGCAGCAGAUGGUCAUUCAGGGCCAGCAUGAGCCCUCCUGCGAGUACCACGGCCGCCAGCCUGUCCUUGGGUUGCCCAAGAAAAGUAAAUACCCACGUUAUCGAGAGCUGCAACCUCAGCCAGCACCCUGCACCCCGCCAUCAACUUCCAUCCCCACCACCACCACCACUGCCACUACUACUACUACUACUACUACUGCUACUACUACUACUUCAUCCACCACCACCACCACUACCACCAGACCCACAACUACAAGCACCACCACCACUGUUAUGCAGACCCAAGCUGCCACCACAGAGAGAAGUCAAGGCAUUGCCCAGACUCCUCCUGAUGUCGUCACAUUGCCCAGUGCCCAAGAUGAAGAAAAUGAAAUACACAAGGACAAUCUCAUCGACAAAGGCAUAGGAACCUCUGUUUCGGCAUGUGCUUAUGUCAUUCUCAUUCCUGCCCUGUUCUCCCUCCUCACACAUUAGUCUUUGGUCAAUUUAGUGUGAUAGUGAUAGAAUGGUUGGCUUUAGUCUACAAUAUUUAUUACUGUACUACCUUCAGCUUUUCUCAUAACAAAGAGGUCCUGACCUCAUCUCUGAUCAUCUGUACGCCCUGUUGAUCUCAGGAUGGGCAUGGAAUGUAAGUGGAGGAAAUUUGACCUAGCAACCCUGCCAAGAUGUCUUAACCCAGUGUGGUGUGGUAUGUGGCUCAAUACCAACACUCACCCUAAUCACUGGGAGAAAGUGCUGCCUUGCAGUAGAAUCAUACAGACUUAUAGUGAUCUACUGCUCUCUUUAUUUAUUACUAAUAGAUGCAAGGAAGGCAGUGUACCAUGACAGCAUUUAGAUCUCCAUUCUGCAAUGCGGAGAAAGCUUUCCUUACUGUUGCCCUUGAUCUAAUGGUCUAUAAUGUCAGUCCAUAGAUGUGAAUUGCAUUGAUUCCUGUCAUCUCUGCCAUUUCAGAAGCCAAAUCUAUGGUAUUUAAAACAUUUUACUAUUUUCACUUGAAAAGGAAAUAGAUAAGAAAAUUAUUGAUUAUGAUUCUCUCUCUCUCUCUCUCUCUCUCUCUCUCUCUCUCUCUCUCUCUCCUAACUGCAUUUGCAUCACAGGGAACAAUAACUUUAUGCUAUUUUGUAAACAAGCAUUUUUCAACUGAGUUGUGUUAGGCAGUUUUGAUUCCUAUAAUCUUGAAAUACAUAUAUUAAUUUUGAGAGGUCUGUCUCAGCACAAAAAAUGUGCAACUUUUCCUUAUAUCAGAUUUCUGCUGCAGCUUUAAUGUGCUUGUAUAUAGGUUUGAUGUGAUGCUUAUUUAUAUUUAUUGUAGAUAAGAUUUUUCUUUGCAUGUAUGAGAAAAGUAUGUGAAUGUAUGCAUCCUCAGAUGCAUUGAUAGUGCCUGUAUGAAGAAACCAUUUUAUAUCAAACUUGUAUUUUAAAUAUUGUAAAAAAUAUGAAUAUACAGUAAA